AUGGAAACACAGGACCAUGUGGCUGCUCUGCUGGUCUCUGGCAUUGAUUUGAAGGAGCCAGGCCCAUGCAUGAGAGAGAGGUGGGAGCGGACAGGGGUAGAGACAGAGAGAGAGAGAGAGGGAGACGGAGGGAGGAAGCGGACAGACGGAGGAAGCGGCGGCGCCGAGAGUGAUGGUAACAAGAUGGAACAGGCCGAUCACCACAGGAACCUGCGGCCGAAUAAUCUAUACCAUCAGGAAGUACCCGAUGUAUCUAUACCUAUACACAAAGUACCUACCAUCCCGACACAGAGGCCUUCUGAGUUGUCCAACCACGAAAUGUUCAUUGGCUCCACUGUCAGCUUCAACAAUAUCUGCUACAAGGUUAAAGUCAAGCAGGGCUGUCUAUGGAACCGCCAGACCCUGGUGAAGAAAAUCCUCUGUAACAUCAAUGGCAUCAUGAAGCCUGGUAUGAAUGCUAUCAUGGGCCCCACCGGCAGUGGAAAGUCCUCCUUAUUGGAUAUUUUGGCUGCCAGAAAGGAUCCGACAGGUUUAAAAGGACAAGUACUGAUUGACGGUGCUCCGCAGCCUGCUAAUUUCAAGUGUAUCUCUGGCUACGUCGUGCAGGAUGACGUGGUGAUGGGCACUCUCUCGGUGAGGGAGAACUUGCAGUUUUCUGCCGCACUGCGAUUGCCGAGGACUAUCCACAGCCAGGAGAAGAGAGAAAGAGUGGACAAGGUCAUUAAAGAGUUGGGCCUGACCAACGUAGCCGACUCCAAGGUUGGAACUCCAUUCAUCCGGGGCGUGUCGGGCGGAGAGAGGAAGAGGACUAACAUUGGACUGGAGCUGAUCAUUGAUCCAUCCGUCUUGUUCUUGGAUGAACCCACCACCGGGCUGGAUGCCAGCACGGCCCUCGCUGUCCUGAUGCUGCUGCAAAGGAUGUCAAAUCAAGGUAGAACCAUUAUCUUCUCAAUUCAUCAGCCAAGAUAUGCUAUCUUUAAGCUGUUUGGCAGUUUGACACUUCUUGCUAAAGGGAAACUGGUUUUCCAUGGUCCCUCCAGAGAGGCACUGAGUUAUUUUGCUUCAAUUGGAUACACAUGUGAAGCUUUUAACAACCCAGCUGAUUUUUUCCUGGACAUCAUCAAUGGAGACUCAACUGCGGUGAACAUGCAGAAAGUGAUGGAGAUGGAUGCAGAAAUGGUUCUGGGUGAAACCGAUUCAAGUAGGGAAAAUCCCAUAGCAGAGAACCUGGAGGAGGAGUUUCACAAAUCCAGCUACUACAGGGAGAUGAUGUCCACAUUAAAGAACAUUUCUCAAGAAGAUCUUGGAGAGGCUGAUUUGGUUUCUAGAAAGAUCACUUACGCAACUUCAUUCUUCCACCAAUUGAAGUGGGUGACCAGGAGAUCAUACAAAAACCUCCUCAGGAAUCCUCAGGCCUCCAUUUUUCAGGUGAUGAUUUCAAUGGCCCUUGGAUUGAUUGUUGGAGCCAUAUUCUUUCAAGUGCAAAAUAACCUGGCUGGAAUUCAAAACAGAGUAGGUGCAAUGUUUUUUCUGACUACGAACCAGUGCUUCACCAGCAUCUCAGUAAUUGAAUUAUUUCUCACAGAAAAGAAGAUUUUCAUCCAUGAGUAUAUCAGUGGAUACUACAUGAUAAUUUCCUACUUCCUGGCAAAGUUAUUUGUUGAUCUGAUACCCAUGAGGGCAGUCCCGUCCAUCAUAUUCACAGUCAUCAUCUACUUUAUGAUAGGCUUUAGGUUAGACGCCGGUGCCUUUCUCAUUGCGAUGUUGACGUUAGUCCAGGUGUCCAUCACCGCCACCUCACUGGGACUGGCUGUUGCAACUGGACAGAACAUUAUUGGCGUAGCAAAUCUCAUUAUUAGCAUAAUAUUUGUUAUAAUGAUCCUAUUUUCUGGCCUCCUGGUAAACCUGCCAAGUGUGUUAAGUUGGUUGUCCUGGCUGCAAUACUUAAGUAUCCCUCGUUACGGCCUCACAGCCCUCGAGGUGAAUGAAUUUAUUGGUUUGAACUUCUGUAAUAAUACCCAGGUGGUAUCUGCUCCGAGCUUUUACAUGGAGGGCACAGAUCCUGAAGUUAUAUGUACCGGGGAGCAAUAUCUUGCUAGACAAGGGAUUAUAGCAAGCCAAUGGUCCCUGUGGAAGAAUCAUCUGGCAAUGGCAAUAAUGAUGAUGAUUCUAUUUACGAUGUCUUACUUAAAACUCCGAUUUAUGAAGAAAUUUUCAUAGGAUUGUCGUGCAAGAGGGCGACGUCACAUUCCGUGCUCUUUUGGCUGAUUUCGAAGUCACUGAAUUAUAUAUUUUUUAAAAUUUUGGUGAAUGAUUUGUCAAUCUCUAUGUUAAAAAAGAAAAUUGCAUAUAAUGAUCUUUGGGUGGAUGUAUACAUACCAUCAACUUUGCCUCUCAAAACCUUCGAGCUACCUCAAAAGCUGGAAUCAUGAGCAAAACCCAACCUUCUGGCAGAACUCAGUGGGUCAGGCAGCAUCUUUUGCGGCCCGAACUUCAGAAACCUGUCGCCUGUCCAUUCCCUCCACAGAUGCUGGCUGAACCGCCGAGUUCCUCCAGCACUUUUUGUUUUUCUCAAGAAAUGUUUACCAGCCGUGCAAAAGGAUCUGCCUUUGUUAUAGAUUCGGCGACACUGUUGGACAUAUAAUCAGAUCCCAACCAACAACGUACAACAUACAUUCCGCACUCCCGCUGUUUGUCAACCCGGCACAUCCCUUCCUGAGAUACACACAAAAUGCUGGAGUAACUCAGCGGGUCAGGCAGCAUCUCUGGAGAACAUGGACACAGAGUGCUGGAAUAACUCAGCGGGUCUGUGUCCAUGUUCUCCACAGAUGCUGCCUGACCCGCUGGGUUACUCCAGCACUCUGUGUCCUUUUAUGCCAUUCAAGAUCUUGGCCGAUUCUCUACUAUAUCCACACACUUGCCUGAUUCCCAUAUCCAUUGGACCCCAAAAUGUUUGAACAUGCAUAGUUAAGGUUUGCCAGCUAUCUCCAGCAGAAAAUGCCAAAGGUUUACAGUCUUCAGAUGUGAGAAAUGUUCUUCACAUACGUCACCUAGUUCUGGGGUCUUUAGGCAAUCUCUCAACACCCCACCAUGAGCCUCCCCUGUAUCAAUAAAGUCGCCUCUCAUUCUUCUGUACUCCAGAGUACGUCCCCAUUUUACUCAAACUCUGUUCACAGGACAAUCUCCUCAAGCCAGAACUCAGUUAUAUUGCACUGCCACCAUAGAACAGGUACAGCACAGGAACAGGCCCUUGGAUCCACAGUGACAUGCUGAACAUGAUGCCAAGCUCAACUGAUCUCCUCUGCCUGCACGUCAUCCAUAUCCCUCCAUUCCCUGCACAUCCACACACACAUCUGUCUGUAAAGCCACUAUCGUAUCCUGCACAAAACGUGCCCUGCACAUCUCCUUUAAACUUUGCCCCUCUCACCUUAAUCCUACGCCCUCCAGUCUUUGACAUCCAUCUUGGGCAAAAGGUUCUGUCUGUCUACCCUGUCUAUGCCUCUCAUAAUUGCAUACACUUCUAUCAGGUCACCCCUCAAACUCCAACAUUGCAGAGAAAACAAUCCAAGUGUGUCCAACCUCCCCUUGUGGCCUACUACCUACCACCGAAUACAGGCAGCAUUCUGGUCAAUCUCUUCCACACCGUUUCUAUCCUUCCUGUAAUGGACUGAGCAGUACUGCACACAAUACACCAAGUACUAUCCCCUAUUGCCUUCCCCAGAUGCAACAAUAUUAACACCUGUGAUAUAUUGCCCUCUCGGUAGUUGACACUAUUCCCGCAAACGUGGUAUCUAAUUGUGACGGAAUUCAAUAUGAGCACAAGUGCAGUUAAUAUACUUUUGAAAAGUAUGUUUUAAAUAUACUUUUGAAAAAUAAAAUAUUGUAUCUGUAAACCGAGGACCAUUGUGAAAAGGACAAAAAUUAUGUUUAUUACCCCAAUGUUUAUAAGUUUUUUGGGAAUUGUAUAUUGCUUAUUAUUUGACUAAGUUUAAUUUCGAAUGAGUUUGCCAUGUUAAGUGGGUACUUGCAAUUAAAAAUUAAACAUACUAUGGGCAUCACUGAUCUCUGAUUGUGCACAACGCAUGAAAUACAAAAUAAAGUGGCUACAACAUG